GGCGCCUAAAAGUUACGUCUCGGAAUCAAACGGGUUGUGAGGACGGUGACAGGUGGUUUGGCCCAGAGCUACUCGGAGUAGGGUGAUGAUAUCGGCUAGCAGUGCCCUUUGGUUAAGAAACUGUCGCCAAACCAAAUUUUUAUUGACCUUUAAGGAGGUGUUCGUGCCGAUUGUGUCGAAUGUUGAAACGUGUUGAUAUACGGCCGUAAUAUGGUAGUUAAGGUUCACAUAAAAUGACAGUUUCUUGUCUAAUCUAAACAAUAAGUGCAGAAUACGAAACCGCGACAGUAGUAAGCUUUCUGGAUAAUAACAAGCGUCUCAGAAUAGAUAAUAAAACUUGCUCUGACGCGGGAAAAUAGCGGGCUUGAGAAGAAGGGGUUGUUCCAAGCGGCGAGCGGAGAGCACAGAGAGGAUCCUUCUCGGCGGAAAAAGAAAACACCAAAAGAGUCUGCCCCAUCAAAUGAGCGUUGAAUUAAAAGAACGUUACCCGAACAACGCCAUUUCAGUCAGUCACUGACAACGAACCCGAAACAAUCGACCGCGACGGGUAAACGACAAAACGAAAAGCUAAUUACCAGCAGGCAUAAAGGCCAUUUGGAAUAUUAACUAAUUAAAGCCGAAGCGACCCAUCCACGAAAUGCGCUCCGCAAACGAAGAUCAAUCUGUAGCCGUCCCUAUGCCCGCCCCGGCCUCGACCCGCUCCGCAACUUCGGCAGACCGCCAGCGGGCCGCGAACCAUCGUCUGACCCAGAGGCUACUUCUGGAGCUGCUAGUCAUAGUUGUUCUCGUUAUCCCCAUCUGCGUGUACGAGUUCGCAGUGGAUCCGGUGCGACGCGGCUUUUUCUGCGACGACGAGAGCAUCGCCUAUCCCUUCAGGGACAACACCAUCACCCCGGUGAUGCUCGGCCUGAUCGUUGGCCUGCUGCCACUACUCGUCUUCAUCUUGGUGGAGUACGUUUCCCAUCUGCGAGCCGGCCAGAUUGCGGAAACGCAAGUUCUGCUGCACUGGCGGGUCUCUACUUGGUAUGUGGAGCUGGGACGCCAAGGCGUCUACUUCGUCUUCGGGCUUCUGCUGACCUUUGACGCCACCGAGGUGGGAAAGUACACAAUUGGACGCCUGCGGCCACACUUUCUGGCUGUGUGCCAGCCGCAGCUCACUGAUGGCAGUCUAUGUUCGGAUCCGGCCAACUUGCACCGCUACGUGGAGAACUAUGAGUGCGCCGGCGAGGGUUUCUCCGUCGAGGACGUGCGUCAGUCGCGCCUUAGCUUUCCCAGCGGACACUCCAGCUUGGUGUUCUAUGCCAUGGUGUACGUAGCCCUCUACCUGCAAAUGAAAAUUACCUGGAGAAGAUCGAAACUUGGCCGUCAUUUCGUGCAGUUCUUGCUUAUCAUGCUGGCUUGGUACACAGCUCUCAGCCGUGUGAUGGACAACUGGCACCACUGGUCCGACGUCCUCUGCGGAUCUCUCCUGGGCGUAGCCGGUGCCUUGAUCACUGUUCGUUUCAUUGUGAGGAUGUUUGAUACGCCAUUUGGGCGAAUGGAAGGCCUUAUCGGUGGGGGGCUGCGGAGGGAGAACACAGCGGCCACCCUGCAGGAGGAGGUGUGUCCCAGCACCCCACCUCCCUACUCGGCGGACAGCAACUACAAUGAAGAUGAAUAUCGCACGAAAGUGUAGGUGGCCAUUGUAAAAUCAAAACGCUCCAAAGCUAGCAAUAAAGAUUAUAUCCGCGA